CAAGGGCAUGUGUGGAUGCUAGCCGGAAUCUUGACUGUUUCAGGAAAAGAUAAUCAAGCAGCUCUUUUUAACAGAGAACAGAAGAAAAGAAGACUACUGAUAUUUCUGAACAGUGCUCUGCCAAGGACUCCAUGGCUCUAAGACAGUAUAUAAUCCUCUGCAUUUGUGCUGUAAAUGCAGUUGUCUGGGGAUGUCCACAGCAAUGCAAAUGCCAAGCCAGCAAGCUUUCGUGCAGGGGAAAUGGAAUUAAAGAAUUUCCUUCCCCCAUUCCAUUAAAUACAACUGAUUUAUUAAUUUUCCAAACUCAGAUCAUCUCACUGAAACCAGUUAAUUUUGAAGCAUUCUCUGAGACUCUUACAACAUUUGCAGUGUUGGAUACAAGGAUAAUUGAGGUGCAACCUCACACUUUUGACAAGACAUACCGCCUAAUCACCUUAAUGCUUUCAGCAACUGAGCUAUCUUCUCUGCCAGAGGGCCUUUUUCAGAAAUUACAGUCACUUGAGACACUGAUUUUGAGCAACAACAAACUAGCAACACUCCCUUCGGCCCUGCUUGCUCCUCUUCAAGCCCUGAAAAGUUUAGACCUGAGGAAUAAUAUGCUGACAUCUCUUCCAGAUGAGGCAUUUCAGGGUCUGACUAACCUGAAGGAGCUUGUGUUGCAGGAAAACAACAUCAGGAAACUGCACAGUGGGACCUUCUAUGGACUUCAAAAGCUCAAUUUGUUGUCCCUUAAACAGAACAAGCUGGAGGUGAUCCCAAGCAAUGUCUUUGAGAACCUAGUGAACCUUGAGAUUUUGCAUCUGCAGGACAAUGUAAUCACACAUUUACCUGCAGGACUUUUCACACAUCAGCAAAAGCUGAAAAAGCUCUAUCUCUCUAACAAUUGGCUAUCUGUCCUUCCUGAAGGUAUCUGCUUGAACAUGCCCAAUCUACAACAGAUAUCACUUUAUGAGAACAAGCUGCAGACACUGUCUUCCAACACUUUUGGCCCCAUGCCCCUACUCAAGGAGCUGUGGCUAUAUGACAAUAAUUUAACUCGUCUUGAUGAAAAUGUAUUCAGCAAUUUAACUCAUAUAAAACGUCUAGUGAUUAGCAGGAACCAGAUCUCGUACAUCUCACCUGAUGCCUUCAAUGGAUUGAGUGAACUGAAAGAAAUUUCUUUACAAACCAACCACCUGAGGAGCCUCGAGGAAGGAGUGUUCAGAGGUCUUCAUAAUUUGGUGAACAUAUCACUGAGAAACAACCAGAUUCAGCACCUUCCUGUGAAGCUUUUUGAUGGUCUCUCUUACAUAGAGCAGCUGGAGCUUGAAAAUAAUUCUCUACUGUAUUUACCAGAGGGGCUUUUAGACUCACUAACCAAUGCUACCAAUGUAGUUCUAUCUGAAAAUCCUUGGAAGUGCAACCAUGAUAUUAUACCUCUUCGAGAUUGGCUUUUGAAGAACCAAGAUAAAGUAAAAGAUGCCCCAUCCCUCAAGUGCUUUAGUCCCUCUUGGUUGAUGAACAUCAGUAUUAUAAACCUUGAAAAUGGUCACUUUCAAAUAUCUACUGGAUCAACUACUUCCAGUGCAUCGGUUGCUUCCAACUCUUCUAAAAUUCCUUCCACUCCUCUACCUACCAGUAGCACCACUGUAUUUGCACCUAACACCACAUUACCCUCAGACUACACCAGUGAUCUCUCAGACUACACCCAAUGGAACAUAUACAUGUUCAUUAUUGCUGUGGUUUGCGCUGCAAUUAUUGUGAUUCUCACCAUCCUUUUUUUCUGUUGGCGGGGGAACAAACAACGGGGCAGUCAAAAUAUAAGCUCCUAACCUUCUGAAGGUCUAAACUUUAAAUGGUGGAAUUUCAGCAGUUGAACAAUUUAUGAAAACUUAAUCAGCUUUACUGGUGUUUUGCUAUUACUCUCUGAUAUUACUCACCUUUCCCCUCACCUCACAUUAUUAAUCUUUAUUCUUGUCUCAGUUUUCUGACCUGAAAGACGCAGCAUCUUUGAUUAUUUGAUUAUUACCAAAUGACUAAAAACAUGGUUAAGCUUGCCAUGGUAGAAACUGGAGCAUAUGGGCUGCAUUGUGGUGCAGUGGUUAGCACUGUCACCUCACAGCAAGAAGGUUCUGGGUUUGAACCUUUCUGUGUGGAGCUUGCAUGUUCUCCUUGUGCCUGUGUGGGUUUCCUCGGGGUGCUCUGGUUUCUUCCCUCAAGCCAAUGACACGUGGAUUGGGUCAACUGGCUACUCUAAACUGCCCAUAGGUGUGAGUGUUGAAUGGUUGUUUGUCUCUGUGUUACCCCUGUGAUUGGCAACCUGCCCAGGUUGAACCCCACCUCUUGCCUGAAGUCAGCUGGGAUUGGCUCCAGCUUCCUCUGUGACCCUGAUGGAUAAGUGUUGUAGAUAAUAUGUGUGUGUGUGUGUGUUUUUAUACACAGUGAGCAAAGCUCCAUACUUAAGAGAAUAUGGUAAUGCAUUGACCUGACUUUUGCAUCCAUACAUACGAACGAUGUAAAUACCUGUACCACCACAGGGUACCUGAUCAGCAGUGCAAGGCAAUGUACCUCAGAAAUACUUGAUCAUCAGACAAUGAAGUUUGUAUCUUUAUUUACAGAAGAUAGAUGGGUUUUUAUCCAAUUCCCAGCCACUGGGGUUGUACAAGCCAGUGCAUACUUAGUGUUGGUCCCAAGCCUGGAUAGAUUGGGGAGGGUUGUGUCAGGAAAGGCAUCCACUGUAAAAAAAAAAAAAAACCCAAACCGGUGGCACGGUGGUGUAGUGGUUAGCGCUGUUGCCUCACAGCAAGAAGGUCCAGGUUCAAGCCCCAUGGCCGGCGAGGGCUUUUCUGUGCGGAGUUUGCAUGUUCUCCCCGUGUCCGCGUGGGUUUCCUCCGGGUGCUCCGGUUUCCCCCACAGUCCAAAGACAUGCAGGUUAG